GUGCACUGACUGAUGUCAAUGCUGCAGCUCAAUGCGCGCCGUCUGCCAUGCCACUGCCGAGUCUUCCUCGCCAGUGUAGGAAUCAUCUCCAAAUUCUCUUUGAGAUUCUAAUGAGCUGUCGCAAAUCGCACCUAAUGGCGGCUUGCACAUCCUGUGGGAAAUGGAGGACGCCAGUCUCGCUUGGUUUGUGUUAGGUGUCUGUAAAUAUACGAGGCUAGGGCUUACACGACGGCUAGGUCUGGCAAAUUGGUACGAAGACCGGUUUUCGGGGUUUUGGUGAGCCGUUUUGAAACUCGUGGGGAGCUGAAAUGUCAAGCUUGUUUCCAGCAUAUCAGGGCGAUCAAGCGCUGGGCAUCCUCUCCCUCCCCCCUGGAGCAAGACCUCAUGACGCCGUCGUCGUAGCGGCUCAAAAGGCGGUGCAGGCGGCUGCCGAAGCCGCUGCCGCCGCCCAAAAGGCCGCGGCCGCUGCGGCCGCUGCAGUUGCUGCGAGGGGGUAUGACUACGCGGGGCAUCCUGGGGCACCUCGCUACCUGCGGGCGCCGCCGCAUGUGGAACAUGAGUACAGUGUUGCGAGGGGGGGGCAGAAUGAGCUGGUGCAGCAUGGGGGGUACAUGUGGGGCCGCGCUCCCAUGGACGCCUUGGGGAGGCAGGUGCCUGCGGGGGCGGCUGUUUGGGCAAGGUUUGAUAUGAUGUAUGCGCCGUAUGCUGUGCGGAAUUCGCAGAGUAAGUGCCCCCUGCCGGCCCCGGUGUCAAACCAUGGGGGGAAUUACUCGGCGGCGUCGUACAUGACGGGGACGACCUCUCAGUGGAGCCAGGAGGAGCACUCAGACUAUCUGAACAAGAUGGAGGCGAGGUUUGUGGAGGGCCUCCUCUGCAGCAGGUUGCAGGGCCAGAGUCAGGGCCGCUCCCAGGUCCAAGUGGAGGAACUAGACAUGGCAAGCGUGGACAGCCAGUGCUCGUCGCCUGGCAUCCACAGGGUUCCCGAGAUGAAGGGCCUGCGGCGGGGUGCUCCCAGCAACGAGAGCAACUUCCGCAGUAGAGCCAAGGCGGCAGUGUCUGAGCAGUCUCGGGGGAUGCCGAAUCCCAAGGGGGAGAGGGAAGAGGGGCCAACGACGUCAAGGAGCCAUUCCAAGCGGCCGAAGGACGAGCCUGAGGAGAGCAGGAGCAGGAAGCGGGUGAAGACAGAGUUUGAGGCAGAGUCCAGAGCGGCGCAUGGCGCCUCGCCCCGGAGCCUGGAAGAGGAGCCGUGGCGGCGGCAGCCAGUUUCAGCUAAACAGGAGCCCAAGGCAGAGGAGACGGCGAUGCGGUCCCCUUCAACAUCAGCGCACUUGCAUCCAGAGUCUCCCAAGGAGAUUGACUUUUUUGCCAAGGGGGGGGCGGGCGGGCCGAGCUCACUGCCUGCCUUGGCUAGCCCCCGCUCGGAGGCGGAGGGCGCCGGAGAGGGGCCAGGAACCGAGCGCACCCGGCAGUUCUUGGCAGGGUUUCCGGGCUUUGUGGGGGGCCCGCUGGGAGGAGGACCAAAGCGAGCGGCGGAGUGGUGGGGGGUGGGAGCGCGGGGGGGUGCUGCUCAAGGAGAAGGCACCCCCCAGCAGCCCUCAAUGUCUUUGCAGGGGGGUGCAGAAGGGGCUAAAAGGACACCCCCCCGGAGGAAGGGGGAGCGGCAGCCGUUUGAUCUGAACAAGCUGGCCGAAGAGCAGAUGCGGUCUGGGAGCAAGGACCCAAGCGGCGGGAAGGACGGGGUGCGGUCGCGCUGGCAAAAGGUGCGGUCACAAGAGGCGGAUAAGAGCACCAACGGGAACUUGUUGCAGUUGGGGACGGGGUCCGAGCGGAAGGGAGGGUAUAUCGCUCUGCCGCUUGGUGAGGGGGGGCCUGAGCAUGCCUUGCGGCAGGUGCGCAAGCGCCGACGCGAGGAGAGCUUUGAGAGUCCGCCGCAGCACAAGAGCGGGGCUGAAGCUCUGGAUGAGAAGCCAGGGGAAACUGCUGAUCUGCCUAGGGUUGCCAGAGAAGGCCCGAUGAGAGUGAGCACGACAGAACGGUCUGCGGCACCCCCCCUUGAGCCUCCGCCAGAGGAACCCCCCCAGCAGGUUUUAACAACGGCGCCCGCACCUAAAAGCCCCCGGCCUUCUGGCCCCCCAAUUCCUUCAGGGGGGCAGGAAGAAGUUGCGUCUGCACCCGAGCUCGACCCCCCUGGGUUGAGGAGAAAUCGUUCUGGGACCCCCCAGUCGAACGCGCAGAGAGAUGCGGCGACAGCAGCGGCUAUUUGGUAUCAGCGAUGGCAGUCUGCGGUGCAUCAUGAGCGAGCGAAUCAGGAUUUGGGGGGGGCUAGUCCGAGGGCUGCGAGGGUCUACCGGCCACUCGCACAGGGCGCCCUUAGAAAUGGCUCCGCCGAGCGGGCCUGGACUGCGCAGGUGGAUCUGCUCACGGCUGAUUCAGACGCACGUCAUGCAGCGGCUGCAAACGCUGAGGAGGUAGACGGUAUGGAUUGUGACGGAAAUGCAGACGGUGUUGAAGGUGAGAGGGGCGUCCGGACUGCGGCAGGGGUUGGACAUGCAGAGGGGGCGCGAGAUGCCGAGGUGUUCCCAGAUGUGGAGGGCGUUAGGGGCAUCCAAAGUGCAGAGGAAACGGCUCAGGUGCCGCAAUUUGUGGGGGCUGCUGCGACGCACGGAGUGGCGGAGGGGGUCUGCACGGUGCCUGAUAAGAAGGAGGUCGCUUUGGGCUCGGUAGAAGAGGAUAUGGAUGUGGCAGGGGGGCUUCCACGGGCGGAAAGGAAGCGAGGUGACGGGUUGGGAACGGAGACUGAUUCAGGGCAGUUCUCAGCACGGGGUGGGGGGGCGAUUGACGGGGCAAACAUGGGGGGGGCUGCGAGCGCAAGCGGGAGUGCGAGCGCGACCGCGCCGUCUAAGUACAGCUUGGAGCCGAUUAAUGCUUGGAAGGCCAGGUGGCAGCCUGCGGCAGAGGCCCGAAUGGAUUCCGGCCCGAGGUUGUCAAGUGGGAGUGAGGCGGAGCAAGCAAUCUCGCAAGCAAGGGCAGCAAUGAUGAUGGCCGCGCAGGACUCGGCAGCAGGUUUGCAAAGGUACCAUCACCUGGCACAGCUGUUGCAUCAUCAGACUGGAGGAGCAGAUGCGCCAAGUCGACCCCCCAAGCACCGAAAGCGGUCUCGUGCGCACUCUCAACCCCCCAUUCCUCGUGGGGAGCCUGAAGACCCGGCACAGGCUGCUCUUUCAACCCAGCCGGCCACCAGCCCCUUCCGGGCCCGCGCUCUCUCGCCGAUGUCAUCACCACCUCCGCGUCCCGCGUCCGCACUUGCCGAAGCUGCACCGGUCUGGUUUCCCACCGGCCCUCGAGAAGCCAGCGGGGAGUCUGGCGUUGGGCGCCCGGUAGACACCAACCGGGCACUUAUCCAGCCAGGACCGGGGUCGGGACUUGGUCUGGGCCGCUCGGUGGAUGCCAACCGGGCACUUGAUCGGCUGGGAAGCGGGUUGGAAGUCGGGCUGGGCCGCUCGGUGGAACCGAACCGGGCGCUCGAUCUGCUGGGAAGGAUGGGGUCGGGGAGCCAGCUCGGGGGUGGCCCGUCGGCGGGCUCCAAGGCGAGUCAAGAGGCGACGAAUCUGGCGCUUGCUGCGCCGGAGGCUGCGCUGCAGGAGUUCAUCUGGACGAACGAACGGGAGAGGAGGAAGCAAGCUACGCCGAAGCUGUGGAAGUGGGACUUGGGGUCAAAGCGGCGCAGAGACGAGAAGCCGUGAGAUGGUUGUUGGGAGUUGUUGCGACAUUGACUUAAAAAUAGAGAAAUGCUGAGUUGAGCUGUCAAAAAAAAAAUCGUGAUCCUGUGCAAUGGUGGUAAUCACAUUGACGUCAGGACGGGUUCUUACAGAUUGAGUACCCAUUUGGCACCCGGCGCGAUUGCGG